AUUCUCUCUCUCUCUCUCUCUCUCUCUCUUCGGUUUCUCUGGAAUAAUCCGCUCGCCGUCUCCGAUCCCUCUCCCAAUUGCUCUCCGACCCGAUCUCGUGAAUUAGUUUAGUCCCCCGAGCUCGUUCGCUCGAUAGCGGAAUGGGGAGUCCGAAGAAGAAUCAGAACAAGGGCUUCUUCGCCGCCAUGAGCUCCGGCUUGUCCAUGUUCGGCAACGCCGUGCACAGAUCUGUCAACGGAUUGCUCGGCUAUGAAGGUUUAGAAGUCAUCAAUCCAGAGGGAGGCAAAGAAGAUGCAGAAGAGGAAGCUCAGAAAGGUAGAUGGAAGCAGGAGGAUCGAGAUGGUUAUUGGAAGAUGAUGCAAAAAUAUAUUGGCUCAGAUGUCACGUCAAUGGUGACUCUUCCUGUCCUUAUUUUUGAACCAAUGACAAUGCUCCAGAAAAUGGCAGAGUUAAUGGAAUAUUCACAUUUACUGGAUCGGGCAGAUGAAUGUGAGGAUCCAUACAUGCGAUUGGUCUAUGCAGCAUCAUGGGCUAUAUCAGUCUAUUAUGCCUAUCAAAGGACAUGGAAGCCUUUCAAUCCCAUUCUUGGGGAGACUUAUGAAUUGGCGAAUCAUGGCGGUAUUACGUUUAUUUCUGAGCAGGUCUGUCAUCAUCCUCCAAUGAGUGCCGGGCAUGCGGAAAAUGAUCAUUUCACUUAUGAUGUGACAUCAAAAUUAAAAACCAAAUUCUUAGGGAACUCUGUUGAUGUUUUUCCUGUAGGAAGAACACGCGUCACUCUUAAACGAGAUGGUGUGGUUUUAGAUUUGGUGCCACCCCCGACAAAGGUUAACAAUCUGAUUUUUGGACGGACUUGGGUUGACUCCCCUGGGGAGAUGGUCAUGACAAAUUUGACUACUGGAGACAAAGUCGUGCUGUACUUCCAACCAUGCGGCUGGUUUGGAGCUGGUCGUUAUGAGGUUGAUGGUUAUGUUUAUAAUGCCGCCGAAGAACCAAAAAUCUUGAUGACGGGGAAGUGGCAUGAGUCGAUGAGUUAUCAACCAUGCGACAUGGAAGGAGAGCCUCUUCCAGGCACAGAAUUAAAAGAGGUUUGGCAUGUUGCCGAAGUUCCAGCAAAUGACAAAUUCCAGUAUACUUAUUUUGCGCACAAACUGAAUAGCUUCCAGACUGCUCCUAGGAAGUUGCUGGCAUCAGAUUCUCGUUUACGUCCUGAUAGAUAUGCCCUUGAAAAGGGUGAUCUCUCCAAAGCUGGCGUUGAAAAGAGCAGAUUGGAGGAGAGGCAAAGAGCUGAAAAGAGAGAACGAGAGUCCAAGAAUCAAAAGUUUAUCCCUAGAUGGUUUGAUCUAACUGAUGAAGUCACACCUACUCCCUGGGGUGAUUUGGAAGUUUACAAUUACAAUGGAAGAUACAUGGAACACCGAGCUGCUGCAGAUAGUUCUGACAGCAGUAACGAGAUUGAUGUCACAUCCAUUGAAUUUAAUCCAUGGCAAUAUCAUGAUGUAUCUACGGAAUAAGAUGCAAGAAUGAGGACCGACUACAAAGCUGCCUGAGGAAGAGAUUGAGAUAUUUGACAGAUUAAUCGAUUUCCUUUUGGACCAAACGUAAACAACUUUGACCAAAGAGUAGUGCCUCGUUGGAUUUAGAUAUUUCCCUGGAGAUGCUGUGAAUAGCCUCGCUGUUUGUUUGCAAUGAGGUUUUUGUGAUUUAUCAUCUUGGAAAUGCAAGUAAGCAGACUAGAUGUUCAGCUUGAUCAUGUCUUGCUCUUGGUGGACCCAGCUACUUGACAUUGAGUGACAAUGCCAAAUCUAUUAUCGUGUGUGGAUUUUAGAUU